AUGGAGGACAUUGAGAAUGAUGUAUCAGUAUUGGUAAGAGAUGGAAACAUAAGUAGUAGAAAACGACAAAGUACGGAAAGCAGAAGUUCUUUGAGAAAAAAGAAAUUGUAUGCUAAACCUAGAACUUUAAAUACUUUUAUUCCUUGCACUCAUCAAACAAAAUCAUUUUUAAUGUGUCAAGUUUAUUUCACCUAUGCUUUAGAAAUCAGGAAUAGAAUCUACAGUGUACCAGACAAAAUUGGCCAAGAGAAGAUGGUUUCAAACUUCUUGAUACUUGCAAAAGUGGUUCGUAGUAGACAACGCCCUAACCGGACGAAAGCAGCAAAGCAUAGAUUAUUCAAUAUGAAAUACACUCUUCGGCCACACUAUUUAUGUCUGCAAGAACUUUUUUCUUUAUAUAGUUCAAAUGAAAUCUACACGCUUGUAAAGCCUUUGGAAAAAAAAAUUUGGUUAUGGACAUCACAGAAAACAGGGGUGGUGAUACAAAAAACACAUACAUUGGAUCCCUACCUGCUGAUGAGAGCCACUAUUCUAAAACCAAAUAUAAGAGAGUAUACCUUAGAUGUAAAUAUCAAGAAACUUCAUGAAGCAUACAAUUCCAUGACUAAAAACGAUUUGCAAUGUUUCGACGUGUCUUCAACAAGGACUUUAAUAUUGUAUUUAAGAGUUCAGCAACUGACGUGUGUAGUUAGUUACAUAAACAAUGCUAUUGAUAAAGCCAAAAUUAACUUGCCAUUACAACUUAGAAUUCAUGCUGUUUAUGAACUCAUGAAAGAAGAACAUGAAGAAGACAUUAUUUACUGCUUUGACAUGCAACAAGUGCAAUUCGAGCAAGAAUAUGAAAAAUACAUUUCACUUCUGAAGAGGGGUCGUCAGUGGGGAUCUGAUUCUUUUGUAUUGGAAGACAAGCAGUUGGGUCACAUGAUUUCGGAUGCAAAGAAAAAAGAUAUAAAUGAUUUACUGACAGCUUUAUAUGGCGAAUGGACAGAAAUAGAUAACCUAAACUUCUACAAAGACAUUAUUGAUGAUAAAAAUUUGACUAUUGUUAAUAAUAAUAAUGAUGAUGUUAAUGAAAGAUGGGACUGCUUAGAAGAUUAUUGUUGUGGGGUGCAUACCUGA